AUGUCUAUGGCUCAUGAAGAACUGAAACCAGGUUUUGAAGGCCACGAAACGACGCCAAACAUCAAAACACUUGUCCUAGAUGCGGGUCCGCUCAUUACCCAACCUGCAUCGUCCUUACAACAGCAUGCCACAACAUUUUUCACCACUCCAGGUGUUCACGCAGAAUUGAAAGAUGAAACUGUUCGUCAGCAAUUGAUCUUGUGGGGAGAUAAGCUUCAGAUAAGACACCCCAAGCCCGAAUUUAUCAAAAAAGUGGUUUCUUUUGCGAAGCUCACGGGAGAUUAUGCCGUGUUGUCUCUCAAUGAUUUGCAUAUUAUAGCCUUGGCUUAUGAACUUGAAGUCGAAUAUAAUAAGGGAGAUUGGAGAUUGAGAAAGUUUCCUGGGGAAGUAUUUGAACGGAGAAGAAAAGAAGACACCAAGAAUACUGAAAACUCUACAGAGACGAACACAACUGAAGAAAGUCAGGAAACCAAAGAAUCUGAGAAUGCACAAGAAACCAAGAAAUCUGAAAUUUCCCAAGAAACCCAAAAGGAAGAAACCAAUCAAGAAGCAGAGUCAACGGCGCCAAAGAAACCAAGACGGAGAGGAGGAAAGAAGCAGAGAGCAAAGAGAGAAGCAGAGUUACAGAAGGAAUUGGAUGCCCAAGAAGAGACAUCUGAACCAGCAACUAUUUUGGAAGACAAUGAUACUACUCAACCAGGAAUAAAGGAUUCUACGGAUGUGAAUGAAACCUACGAUGAAGAAGAAGACGAUGGAGAUUGGAUCACUCCCGAGAACUUGAUGCAAGAAAUGUUAAAGGAUAAUAACGAGCAGGUGAAAGAAACCAAGGAGAAAUCUGGUCCAUUCAUCAAAGUUGCACUUGCCACGGGAGAUUUUGCAUGUCAGAACGUGGCAAUGCAAAUUGGUUUAAAUUUGAUGAAUGCCAUGUCUGGAAGACAAAUUAAAAGGGUACGAAAUUAUAUGUAUCGAUGCCAUGCGUGCUUUCGCCUCACCCCAAUUCCCAAGGAUGGUCGACCCAAGCAUUUCUGUCCCAAAUGUGGAGGCAAUACACUCUUGAGAUGUGCGGUUUCCAUCGAUAAUGAAACCGGUAAAGUCACUCCACAUUUGAAAGCCAACUUCCAAUGGAUAAAGCGAGGAAACAAGUUUUCGCUUCCAUCUCCUUUGUCCAAGAACCAACAAAGAUUACAAGGAAAUGGUGGUUACCAACACAACAAACAGAAUCGUCACAAAUCGUUACAAAAUCCACUUCUUCUUCGAGAAGACCAGAAGGAAUACCAGCAAGCGGUGAAAGACGACGAUUGGCAACGGCGCCAAAAUGAAAAAAUGCUUCAAGAAUGGAUAGGAGGAGGCAGUGCGGACAACUAUAUGUCUCCAUUUACUACGCAACAGACAAUUAGGCCGUCCGGAGUCCAAGUGGGUAGAGGACGUUAUGUCAAUUCUUCCAGGCGGCGGAAAUAG